UGACGUGACGUGUGGCGCCAAACCAAAGUAUAGUUUGAAGUUUGACACACAUGUUUUAAUUUUAAACAGUUUUUAAGAGGGAUAAAAUUAUUGUUUAUUAAUGUUGGUUUAACUGUAGAAAAGGAAGAAUAAUGCCGUACGAAAAGAACAAAUGUUAUACAACCAUGCCUUUUUGUAUGGAUACUAAAAGGACCGACUUUUACAUCUAUUACGAUGUCGAAGACUUAGCUGCUAAGUGUGAAAUGUUUAAAGAUGAAAGUUUUAAAUUUCGCACAAUUGGCCUUCUUAAAAGUACAAAUGGGCGAUUUUUUAUUGGUGGUAUCAAACUUCCUAUGAAUAACACGGAUAUAAACAUAAGAGUAUCAAUGGUUUACAUGAAGACACAUCCCAAAUCUACUUUGAUACCAUACCCUAUACAAUUGUUUGGAACUAUUCAGUGGAAGAAGGAGCCUGUUAUUAUUGCUUACAUUCUGCAGGCUUUGAAUACAAAGAUGGCAGUGAGAUUGAUAGAUACAUUAAAAUCAGUGACAAGUGUUCACCUUGCGAGGGUGCCGAUGAAAGAUAAUAGUUUAAUCAAUGGAGAAGAAGAUAGUUGAUCUAGAAUCAAUGAUUCUCUUAUUAAAUCCUUUUUUCACCAAAGUGAAAUGGAGACUGAUAAUAUAAGAUAAGGCUGCGUUGCACUUUCACUUUUGAUGUGAAUCAAGCUUAAAGCUCCCAUCCAUCAUGCCAAAGGCUAAUAAGAAGACUGAAUUAAAACAUAUUGCUUAAACUUUGGUUAUAUUUAGCUUUAAUAAGAUAUAUUUAACGAGGUUGUGGCACUUUUCUCAUGAAAUAAGGUAAAACAACAGUAGUUUAAUUUAAAAUAAUAAAUAAUAUCAAAAUUAUGCAUUUAUUUCAAUCGUAAUUAAAUACAUUAACAAAUAGAAAGAUAACACAUAUAAUAUACAAACAGUCCGUCACCAUCCAUGUGGGGUUAGCAAAGUGAAUGUUGAUAUUGUAAUGCAGCAUGUUGCAGAAAUUGGCUACGUUUACAUUGUAACACUAGAAAAAUAACUAAUUCACGAUUUUAUAAGAGACAAUGAUUUUGUACCAAUAAAUAAGGCAAUUUUUUAUUAAGAAAAUAAUCAUGAGAACUUUUUAUAAAAUAACAAGACAAGUAUAUUGUUUGCAAGGAGUCUAAAGCUGUCUUAAAUACAAUGUAAAUAUAAACUAUUUUAAGCAAUUUAACUAAAUACUAAUGCUAAAUUUUAAAUCAUGUUAUAGAAAACUGUUACAUGCGGAUUCACACAUCAUGUUGGAAUGAUUCAUAAGACCAGCUCGAGUUUUAAUGUAUUGAGAAUAAUAAAUGUCAGUCGGGAACUAAAUAUAUAAAUUUACAAACCAAAUUGCAUCUGCUAAUAUUGUGAUGAAAGUAAGUAUUUCUACUUAUAUUUGUUAAAUUUACUUUUUAAUCAAUAUUGAUUGGAGCAGGUAAGAAUUUCUUAUGAAGUGCUAAUCAGAAUACUGUUUGAACAGGUAACAAACAAGCUAGCGGCCACCAACAUUCGCGAAAACAUUGAAAUUAUUACUUAAAAGUAAAGGUAAAAUUUGAAAAUUUGCCUCAAUUCUGGCUCCUCUGAAAGUAGCUUG